AUGUUAUCAUUAAAAAUAUCAUUUUUAAUUCUAUUAAUAACUACCUUUAUGGUGGCAUCAUAUGGUAAAGCACCACUGAUUACCAAGAUCGCCAAUCAAAAUCCAAAUAGAAUGUGUACAGUCGGUAAAUUCAAUAUCAGUUUAGUUGGUUUGGAUUUUGCUAGCAGUCCGAACGCAGUGUGCAGAUUCUCCUCCAAUCCAAUUGGAAAGAAUGUUAGUACUCCAGUUUAUUUUAUAGACUCCUCAAAUAUUCAAUGUGAAGUACCAGAUCGUGUUGCAAAUUCUUUGACACUCGAUAUUUUAUUAUCGGUUUCAAAUGAUGGUGUAGAGUUUUCAAAUUAUUAUGAAAUUAAAUAUUCAGGUAAUUAUCCAUGGGCUGGUAAUGUUUUCCUUACUGGACAUGAUCCUGAUUUCCAUGGUUUAACUGGUUCCGGAAAUGGUUUGUUUUUACUUAAAGCUUCAUUGGAUUUCUCCACCAAGAAUACUUGGAACGAUAUGGCUGCACCGAACAGAAAGAAGUUCCUCUACGUCGAAAGCAAAUAUGUAGCUACUGGAACUGAUGUUAAAUCUUCAUUAAAAACAUUUACAAAUACUUUAAAUUUAACUGUUGGUGUUCAUUUCGAUCAUGUUGAUUACUCUGAGUUCCCAACUGCCAAGCUGAGUGAAUAUUCUGCACUUGUUAUUGCCUCUGCGGGUGGUGGUCUUUUAACAACACGUGAAAUCCGUGCACUCAAUGCAAGAAAGCAAGAGAUUGCCUAUUAUCUCAAACAAGGUGGUGGAUUAGCUGCCUACGCCCAAGGUAUUGGUUCAUUCACUGUUACCAAAAAUCUACCAAAUAUUACCGACUGUGCUGUUGAUGAAGCAUUUGCUUUUCUUCCCAUUACUGUUCAAUCAAGUCCUUUAAUUACACAACCAUACAAACCAACUGCAGUUGGAGUAGAAUGGUUUAAUUUAACAGUUGGUGAUAUCAACGAUCCAUCUCAUUCAAUUUUCGACCAAACUGGAGGUUUGGAAAUUAUUACCUAUGAUGCCAAGAAUAAGAUUGUAACUUUGGCCGGUCAGAUCAAUCCAUGUACUAAUGAUUGCAAUGGAAAUGGUGACUGUACAUGUGGUGAAUGUUUUUGUGAGCCAGGUUUUUCAGGUCCAUUCUGUGAGUGUGCCGGUUCGAGCACCUGUGAGGUGUGCGGUGACCAUAUCAUCCAAGGAAGUGAACAAUGUGAUCUCGGUGAAGGAUGUAACACCAAUUGCAAGUGUCAAGAAGGUUACGAAGUAACAGAGCCAAUCAGUACUAGCUGUCAAAAGUUACGUCCACCAAGAAUCAACGGUACAACAACCGCUCCAACUUCAGGAGGUGAAGUUACCAUGGUAGGAAACAACUUUGGUGUCGACGACGGUGCCAUCAAAGUAUCAAUUGGUGGACUUGCAUGUACCAAUCCAAAAUUCGUCCCAUUAUCAAACAACAAUAUUUUCACAUGUAUAGCUCCAGUUGGUUUGGGUGUAGGUCUCCCAAUUUCUAUCAAUGCAUCCGGUAGAUUAGGAGAUGGACUUGGUCAACCGACUUUCUCAUACCAACCACCAACCACUGUUUCUGCUCCAGAAGUAUUGACCAAUGGUGGUAAAGUUGUUGUUACCGGUACCAACUUUGGAAAUCAAAUCUCCCAAGUUACCGUAACCAUUGGCGGUGUCAACUGUCCAGUUACCUCUGCAUCUCAUACCACUCUUGAGUGUACCAUUCCAGCUGGUUCCGGCUCGAACAAACCUGUUGCUGUAGUCGUAGGAGGUCAGAACACCCCUCAACAAGGUGGAGCUGUUUUCAAAUACUCUAAUCCAACCAUUUCUCAAACUACAAAUGUAGAUACUGCCGGUGGUUUGGUUACUUUAAUAGGAACCAGUUUUGGUGAUACUACCGUCACACUAAGAUCAGUGGUCAUUUCCAACGGUCCAACUUGUAUCAAUCCAAAAAUCGUUGUCAAUCAUACCAUUAUGACUUGUGAAGCCAGCGAAGGCAGUGGUGCCAACUAUCCAAUCGUUCUUACCGUAGAUGGUCUUGACAGUCCACAAGCUAAAUUCUCAUACACUGGUCCAGCCAUCUCCCACAAAUUCGCAUCUCCAUCUACAAAUGGUUCGGCUAUCACCGUAACAGGUUCCGACUUUGGUAGCAAAAAUCAAGAUUUAACUGCCACAAUAAAUGGUCAACCAUGUCUUAAUGCCAAUAUCAUUGUUCCACAUACCAAGUUAACAUGUGAUGCUCCAGCAGGUUCAGGUGCUAAAUCCAUCGUUAUCAAAGUAAAUGGACAAGAAUCCACUCCAUUCGUAUUCGCCUAUCAAAAUCCAAUCAUCACUGAAGUCUCUUCUUCACCAAAAGUAGGUGGUCCAAUAAUCAUUCUAGGAGAGAACUUCUACAUUGAAGACAAUCUAGUUUCAGUAACAGUAAAUGGUCUUCCAUGCACCAAUCCCAAGGUAGUCGUACCACAUCAAUCGAUUCAAUGUAAUGCUCCAGCCGGUACUGGAACCAAGCCAGUGCUUGUCACAGUCGAUACUCUUCUCAGUAACAAUGGAUCCAUUUCUUAUAAUGCUCCCAGAAUGGACAAGGCAUUCCCAACAUUGUCCACCGCUGGAGGUGAUGUAUUAACUAUCAUUGGUAGCAACUUUGGUAGCGAUAGUUCAUUGGCCGAAGUCCAAUUGAAUUUCGAUGAUUGUACAAAUGUCAAUAUCAUCAAUGACACUGCACUCACAUGUGUAUCCCCAGCAGGUGCAGGUAAUCCAUAUACCAGAUUGACAAUUGAUGGUUCCUUCGUUGGAAAGGGUGAUAUGGUUUCUUAUGCCAAAUCCAAUGUUAAUUCAAUCACUACUGCACCAACAUCCGGUGGAAUUGUCACUUUGGUUGGUAACAAUUUCAGUAACGAUAAGACAGUCAUUCAAAUUAAGAUUGCCGAUGAAGUUUGUUCAGAUGUUAAAAUAAUUAAUGCUCACACUGAGUUGUCCUGUGAGAUAAUGGAGGGUCGUCAAUCACAACCAAAGAUGAAUGUACAAGUUAUGGUCGACGGAAUUAGAGGUAUUGCCAAUCCAUUGUUUGUUUAUGAUGGUCCAGUUGUAAAAUCAGCAACAUCCGUUGAUGGUGUUAAAGGUGGAACAGUAACAAUAACCGGAGAAUCGUUUGGAAUGUUCACUGAUGACAUUUCUGUCAAGAUUGACGGUAAACAAUGCACCAACAUCCAAAUUGUUUACCCACACUCAUCGAUCUCCUGUGAGUUGACAGGUGGAAAAGGAUUCUAUCUCAAUGUCAAUGUUACAGUAUCCGGAAAGACAUCGCCACUCAACGACUUGUUCUCCUAUGACGACGGUGCUGUCUGUGAUGACCAACAUUGCAGUGGACACGGUCAAUGUGUAGGUGGACUAUGUAAUUGCUACGAAGGAUGGUACGGUCCAAUCUGUUCCAUUGCCAAAAACACAACCGACCCAACUGUUGAACAACCUAAAGUCGAUGCCAACACUACCAAUCCAAAUGCCCACAUUAUCUUACCAACCAACGAAACUAUCAACAUCUUUAUUAAGGAGAUUCGUGAAAUAGACGUAGAUCAAAUUGUUAAAGUCUACUCUGUUAGCCAGAUGCUUUGGAAUCUCACUACCGAGAAGAACGAUGAUCUAUAUCAUUGGAACUACACCAUAGAAUUGGAUAACAAACAACUGGUACACGUUCAAAUUGAAUACUUCUUGAAGAACAAGGACGUAGAGUUUGCCAGACAGAAUAUCUCAAUGAUUGCUGGUAACGUUAAAUUCUCGGUCGAUGUUUUCGAUUGGCAAUUCAAGAACCGUAUCAAUACUAUGGAUGUUGUGAUGUCUGCUAUUGUUCAGGGCGCACCCAAUCAAUGUUAUGAAGACGGUGAUCUAGGAAUCGACCAAAAUACAAACGGCACCAACCUUCACUGGCUCCAAUUCAAUCAGAACGGACAUGCACUCUAUGGUAGAUUCUCAAAUCGUGGUAUUACCGACGAUCGUAUCAUCCCAGUUUCCCAAAAGAUAGUUCACCGUGCCGAAGACGGAUCCGAAGUCGAUAUCGCCAUCUCUGUUCCAAACUUUGAACAUCGCUGUCAGAUCGAUCCAGACUUUUCAGUUCUCCUUGGAAAAGGCAAAGUAAAGACCAACUGCUCUAGUAAAGAGUCAUUCAAGUGGUGGAUCCCAGUUUCAGUCGUCGGAGGUGUAGCUGUCGCCGGUGCAGCAAUAGGUACAAUUAUCUACAAACGUAAAGUAAUCAGAUUAAAGAUGAGUGAUCUAAGAACAUCUGAUAGAUUAAAGAAAUUCAAUGUUAACUAA